AUGGCGCCCUCCGCUCUGCUCCGCGCCGCCGCCGCUGCCCUCCGCCGCCGCGCCCGCACAGCCGCAGAUCUCCCGGCCAUCUCCUUGCUCACCCACACCUCUACGCCUCCUCCCUCUCGCUCUCGCUCUCCCUCUCCCUAUCCCAAUCCCGCUGCCUGGCGCCACCUGACCACCCUAAGCCGCCGCCCAUGCCAGCACCCGCGCUCCCCCAGCUCAGCCUCUGCGGCGUCGUCCUCCUACUACGUCGACAGGAUCCUGCUACCGACCAGCUUCUCGCACCCGCUCUCGACCUCCUCCCGGUCCACCGACAAGGACACGGACAAGAAGGGCAUCCUCCCGCCGCCGCCGGUGUCGUGGGUGGAGAGCUUGCUCCCGGAGGCGGCUCGCCCGUACGCGAUGCUCGCGCGCCUCGACAAGCCCAUCGGCACCUGGCUCCUCGCUUGGCCCUGCAUGUGGUCAAUCACAAUAGCAGCAAUGCCGGGCGAGCUCCCUGACUUGAAAAUGCUGGCACUCUUCGGAUGUGGAGCUGUCCUCCUCAGGGGCGCUGGUUGCACAGUGAAUGAUCUGCUCGAUCGCGACAUUGAUAACAAGGUUGAGCGCACCAAAAGCAGGCCUUUCGCAUCAGGUGUUCUAACCCCUUCUCAGGGAGUGUGCUUCCUAGGAUGCCAGCUACUGCUAGGAUUGGGCAUUCUUCUCCAACUGAACAAUUUUAGCCGUGUUCUUGGUGCAUCUUCUCUUCUUUUGGUGUUUUCUUAUCCCCUGAUGAAGAGGUUCACAUUUUGGCCUCAGGCAUAUCUUGGCUUGACCUUCAACUGGGGGGCUUUGUUAGGAUGGGCUGCUAUCAAAGAGAGCCUAGAUCCUGCAGUUGUCCUUCCUCUGUAUACUGCUGGUAUAUGCUGGACAUUGGUAUACGAUACCAUAUAUGCACAUCAGGACAAACAAGAUGACCUCAAAGUAGGUGUUAAGUCCACAGCAUUAAGGUUUGGAGAUUCAACCAAGCAAUGGAUCAGUGCCUUUGGCGCUGCAUCAAUUGGUGGCUUAGCACUCAGUGGCUUCAAUGCUGAACUUGGUUGGCCCUACUACCCUCUUCUGACAGCCGCAGCUGCACAGUUGGCAUGGCAGAUUUCAACUGUUGACUUAUCUGACCGCGUGGAUUGCAACAGAAAAUUUGUAUCAAACAAGUGGUUUGGAGCACUGGUAUUUAGUGGAGUUUUGUUUGGGCGACUUGCAUCAUGAUAGAUACAAUCAGGCGUCAUGCGCCACUAUGUUCUUUUCUAUAGAAUUUUGAUAGUUCUGGUAGAAGCGGUACAUUGUUUGUGACUAGUACGAGAAAGGGCAAACAGAUUGUUUUAACCGUGUGAUGCACUAUAGGCAGUGUACUGCAGAUGAAAUUCUGAAGCUGCUGUUCGUGGAAGUAACCUCCAGGAUUUCAAGCUGACUGGGAACAUAUUGAUACAAGGCGCCACGAUGGGCAAGGAACUGAGAGGACGAAGAAGGCCGCCGCUGGGAGAUCCUAGCUGAGGUGUAGGCGGCUGACAUACUGGUACAAAUUGCGUCAAGUUCUAAGACAGAAAUGCAUGGGAAACAGCCAGUUUGGAACUAUGAUCUCCUGACCCUUGUCUGCUCUGUCGCUGUGGCAUCGAGAAUAGCCAAUUGUAGCCAGAAGAAUGCUCUAGCUCCAGCAACAUGUAAUCAAGAAAGAGGCAGCCUUACUUGGUCUGGCACAUCUUUAUUCUUGAUGCACUGUCUGGUCCUUUAUCCUAUCAGUAAAUUCAAAUAAAACAAAAAUGUGACGAAGCACAGAAAAUUAAGUUUUUGAGGACUAGCUGUUUGGUUAUGUUAUAUAAGAUUUGGGACUCACUGUAAUUAAAUUUUACUGUUGGGUUUUCCUCGAUUC